ACCAGAGACCUCAAACACCUACAAUAUUUCAUCUCAGUUUUAUCUUUGAGCCUUACGGGCUAGGUUCAUCAUCCAGUUAUCACCAGCAAGACUGCUCAAGUUGUGUUUGACAAUGGCGUCGAACAGCACUGAUAUUCCUCUGCAUAUGACAUUAAGCAGUUUCUCCACAACUGAAUCUUUGUUUCAGAAAGGGAAUGAUUCUGCCAGUAAUAUUACUGAAAGCUAUGACUACACAACUUAUUACACUGAUGAUUUUCCUGACACUGAACCCUGUGAGUAUGGAAGCCACGGGAGCCGUUUCCUGCCCUUGCUCUAUUCUCUAUUCUUUUUGGUGGGCUUCUUUGGAAAUACGCUCGUGGUGUGGGUCAUCAUGGUGGGCGCUAAGCUGAAAAGCAUGACCGACGUGUGCCUUCUGAACCUGGCUGUAGCCGACCUGCUGCUGGUCAUGUCUCUCCCCUUUCUGGCCUACUACGCCGCCAACCAUUGGAUUUUUGGGCAAGUCUGUUGCACCGUGGUACUCGGCAUGUACUACGUGGGGUUCUAUGGCAGCAUCUUCUUCAUUGUACUGAUGAGCAUCGACAGGUACUUGGCUGUAGUCCUCGCUGUCUAUGCUUUAAGGAUCCGAACAAAGACAUAUGGAAUUGUGGCCAGCCUGAUCAUCUGGAUCAUGGCUGUCUCAGCGUCUUUCCCUGAGCUGAUUUACAUUAAGGUUGAAAACAUCAAUAACGAAUCACUUUGCACUGCAUAUCCAAAAAUUACCAGUCAUUCCUUGAGAACCUUUGGCCUAUUUAAAAUCAACGUUUUCGGCCUGCUGAUUCCACUGAUGAUUGUGGGAUACUGCUACACAAUGGUGCUGAGAAGGCUCCUCAAGAUCCGCUCCCCCAAAAGAUUUGCCAUUCGCCUGGUUGUCCUGGUUAUGGUGGUGUUCUUCUGCUGCUGGACACCCUACAACAUCGCAGCAUUCAUCAAAGGUCUGGAAUUAAAGGAUCUCAUAAAUCAAGAUUGUGAGACCAGCAAGAGUAUUCAGUUGGCUCUACAGAUCACCGAGGCCAUUGCGUACUCACACAGCUGCCUGAAUCCCUUCCUCUACGUGUUUGUUGGAGAGAAGUUUAAGAGGCAUCUCAUCAAGCUCCUGCGCCUGACACCUUGCAUCAAGCUGAAGUUCAUGACGAGCUACCUGUCCCAGGCUGUAGGCUCUGUGUAUUCGCAGACUACCAGCGUGGACGAGCGCUCUACUGCCAUGUAAAUGAAGCAGGCACAGAACUCUUGAACGAAUACGAAAUCUCAUUUUACAAGUCGGGUACCGCUGUGAAUUAUAUGCUGUAAUUUUCUGUUUUCAGAUAUAAGCAUGCUUGUAUUUACAGUUUAUUUCUUAGGCAAUCCUUCAUUCUGUUACAUUAAUCAUUCUGAAGUAUUAAUUUUGUGAUAAUCUUGUGAUAAUGUCUUGAUGUUUUAUGUGAUAGUUUCACACAGUUGCAGAUUUGAAGCCACAGUUUACUGAUUUGAAAAGAGUUUAAGAUAAAGCUUACUGAAAAAUCUUUAUGUAUGUGAUGUAAAUAGCUUGUAAAUAAAGAUAGAUGUAAAAAUA